AUUCAGAUUCUCUGCCGCCUAAAAUGUCGACUGGUUGGCCUUUUUCUCUUUUUAGUAUUUCGUAGCGAGUAAAUAGCACAUGGACAUCUUCGCCAAAAAAUUUCUACUUAUCUCUUCUUCUCUCUGAGUCUUCAACAAUGGAGAAAUCUGGUUAUUGCAGCGAUGGAAUUUUCAGGUCCUUGAGGCCUCCUAUUGCUUUCCCCACAGAUCCUUAUCUCUCCAUGAUCUCUUUCCUCUUCCGAAACUCAUCUUCUUACCCAACCAAACCCGCUCUCAUCGACGCCGAUACCGGCGAGACUCUCUCUUUCUCUCAGCUCAAAUCCCUCGUCAUCAAACUCUCCCAUGGAUUUCUCCAUCUGGGUAUUAAAAAAAAAGACGUAGUUUUGAUCUUCGCUCCCAACUCUCUCCAGUUCCCCAUCUGUUUCCUCGCCGUCAUCGCCGCCGGCGCCGUAGCCAGCACCGCCAACCCAGUUUCCACCGUCACUGAGCUCUCCAAACAAAUCAAAGAUUCCAACCCGAAACUCGUCAUUACCGUGCCGGACUUAUCCGACAAGGUGAAACACUUGAAUCUCCCACUUCUCUUCUUGGGCGAUCCUAAAAAAGCGGAACAGACUCGUCAAAUCGAAUCAAACCUAAGAAUCCUCCAUUUCCAUGAGCUAAUCAACUUAUCCGGGUCAGUCGCAGAUUUUCCAUCAGUUUCCAUCAAACAAACAGACGUUGCCGCGCUCAUGUACUCAUCGGGCACGACGGGAACAAGCAAGGGCGUCAUAUUGACCCACAAGAACUUCAUCGCCGAGUCUCUAAUGGUUUCCAUGGAUCAAGAACUCCGAGGAGAUACCCAUCUGGUGACACUGUGCGCAUUGCCGAUGUUUCAUGUGACUGGGUUGUCGGUGAUAUUGUACUCGCAUCUUCGAGUAGGGAAUGUGGUGGUGGUGAUGAGGAAGUUUGAGUUUGAGGGAAUGUUGAGGAGUAUAGAGAAGUAUCGGGUUGAAAAUAUAUCGGUUGUGCCGCCGAUUGUUCUGGCUUUGGCAAAACAGAGUGUGGCGAAGAAGUAUGAUUUAUCGUCGUUGAAGCGGAUUGGAUCAGGAGCGGCGCCACUGGGGAAGGAUUUGCAGGAGGAGUGUGCGAAAAAUCUUGGUGGUGGAGUCAUGGUGGGACAGGGCUAUGGAUUAACUGAAACAUGUGGAGCAACUACAUUAGAGGAUUUAAGUACAGGUAAACGAAAUACAGGUUCAGCAGGAUCGCUUCUUUCAGAAGUUGAAUGUCAAAUUGUCAAUCCAGAAACUCUGAAGCCUCUUCCUCCCAAUCAAUUGGGAGAAAUUUGGUUUCGAGGUCCUAACAUCAUGCAGGGGUACCAUAAUAAUCCCGAAGCCACAAAGCAAACGAUCGAUGAAAAAGGAUGGUUACACACAGGAGAUCUUGGAUAUUUUAACGAUGAUGGGUGUCUUUUUGUUGUCGAUCGACUCAAAGAACUCAUCAAAUACAAGGGUUUUCAGGUUGCUCCAGCAGAGAUUGAAGGAUUGCUUGUUUCCCACCCUGAAAUAUUAGAUGCGGUUGUCAUCCCGUUUCCUGAUCUUGAAGCUGGUGAAGUUCCAGUUGCAUAUGUUGUUCGUGCACCCAAGAGUUCAUUGAGAGGAGUGGAUGUUCAAAAUUUCAUAGCUAAACAGGUAUCCCCUUAUAAGAGAUUGCAGAAGGUGACAUUUAUUGAAAGUGUACCAAAAUCAGUUUCUGGAAAAAUUUUAAGAAGAGCUCUCAUUAACCAAGUACGAUCCAAAAUAUAAGUAAUCUGAAACCUUAAAAUUGUAUGAUUAUAAAUGUAUGCAUAUGUAAUAUGUAGAGCUCUCAAUUUAUGUUAGUAGGAUUUUAAUUUUUAAUAU